CAACAGCGCGCUGUUUUUGGAACUUGCAGAAGAAGAGUGUCUUCCUUUUUCUGCGACUCCUCACUUCCUGCUGCUCGUCUUCGGUCCUCCACCGAGGUAUUCGGAUCCACUUUUCUGCCGUUGACAUCGAGGUCCUGCACCAUGUCCAUCGUCAAGAUCCACGCCAGAGAGAUCUUCGACUCCCGUGGAAACCCCACAGUGGAGGUUGACCUUUACACUGACAAAGGCUUGUUUAGAGCCGCCGUACCAAGCGGUGCGUCUACUGGAAUCUAUGAAGCCUUGGAGCUCAGAGACAAUGACAAGUCUCGCUACCUUGGGAAAGGAGUCUCACAGGCUGUCGACCACAUCAAUUCAGCAAUUGCACCUGCACUUGUUGGUGAGGAUGUAUCUGUGGUUGAGCAAGAGAGAAUUGACCAGAUGAUGAUUGACAUGGAUGGCACAGACAACAAAUCCAAAUUUGGAGCCAAUGCCAUCCUGGGUGUGUCUCUGGCUGUUUGCAAAGCUGGUGCAGCAGAGAAAGGAGUCCCCUUGUAUCGUCAUAUCGCUGACCUUGCAGGCAACCCAGAGGUCAUCCUGCCUGUACCGGCCUUUAAUGUGAUCAACGGUGGUUCCCACGCAGGCAACAAGCUUGCCAUGCAGGAAUUCAUGAUCCUGCCCAUCGGUGCUAGCACCUUCAAAGAAGCCAUGCGCAUUGGAGCCGAGGUCUAUCACAAUCUCAAAAAUGUCAUCAAGAAGAAAUAUGGACAGGAUGCCACUAAUGUGGGUGAUGAAGGUGGCUUUGCGCCGAACAUCCUGGAAAAUCAGGAAGCUCUGGAGUUACUUAAGGAGGCCAUAGCCAAAGCAGGAUACACAGAUGAGAUUGUGAUCGGCAUGGAUGUGGCAGCAUCUGAAUUCUACAGAGAUGGAAAAUACGACCUGGACUUCAAGUCGCCGGACGACCCGAGCCGUUACAUCACUCCUGAUGAGCUGGCUGAUCUCUACAAGAGCUUUGUGAAGGAUUAUCCAGUGAUGUCCAUCGAGGAUCCAUUUGAUCAGGACGACUGGGCGGCCUGGACCAACUUCACUGGCAGCACAGACAUCCAGGUGGUUGGAGACGAUCUGACAGUGACCAACCCUAAUCGCAUCAGCAAGGCUGUGGAGGAGAAGGCCUGCAACUGUCUGCUGCUUAAAGUCAAUCAGAUUGGCACAGUUACAGAGUCAAUGAGAGCGUGUAAGAUGGCCCAGGAGAACGGCUGGGGUGUGAUGGUUAGCCAUCGCUCUGGUGAAACUGAAGACACCUUCAUAGCGGAUUUGGUGGUCGGGUUGUGCACUGGACAGAUCAAGACCGGGGCUCCCUGCCGCUCUGAGCGUUUGGCCAAAUACAACCAGAUUCUCAGAAUUGAAGAGGAGUUGGGAGACAAGGCUCGAUUCGCUGGGAAAAACUUCAGGAAGCCACUGGAGUAAAUAGGUGCAUGAUUUAUUUCACAUACAAGUGGAUUAAUUUACACAAAUGCACAGCAACACACUGGGAAAUAAAGCAUCUGAGCAGUAAAAAUGAAUGUAGAACUCACGUUACUUCCUGUAAUGAAUUUAUAGAGAACAUACUGUAAUAACUGGAACUGUGGCAAUCAAGUCCUCUACUCUGAUUUAAUGUGGAAUUAAAUAUUAGACCUGAAUAUAAAGAGUAAUAUUUAUUAACAGCACCUAAAACUGUAUUCACAACAGCUGCACUUGGAGACACAGUUAAUAAACUAAUUUUGUUUGUGACCAAA